AUGGCCACUACCGACAACACAUACACCUUUGACACCGUAGUCCCAAAGAUUCGCAAUCACGCAAUCAAUACCAGUGCAGUACUAAGGGGUCCCUCUCUCUAUGGCGUAGCCAGUACUCGCUUCCAACCACGUAGUAAUGGCACCGAUACCCUCAAACGCCCACCCAUUGAUGCCAGGGCAACGCGCGCCACCCAACCCGCCCCCUCCUCUAGUACCACCCUCCCAUCCUACUAUACUGUGCAAUCUCUCACUCUGCGCGCGACGCCCCAACUCGACACCGCCCUCGCCACCACAUUCUCCACCGCCCUCAUCAACUCAGGGGCAGAUAUCUCCAUCGUCACCUCCACCGAUCACCUAACUGACCUUCAGUCCGGCACAUAUACUAUUGAACUCGCUGGCGGAUCUACUACCACCGCAUACACACGCGGUACCAUCCUUGGCCUCGGCCCUACCCUCGUGCUACCCACUGCUGCCCAACCUAUCCUAUCCGUCCGCAAUCUCCAAUGCAAUGGCUAUACAGUCACUUUCCCCGAGAUCAACACACCCAAUACUCCAGGCGAAAGUCACAUCACCUAUGGCACUGACACCAUUCAGAUCGUCACCGAGGCCGCCGGCCGCUACCAACUCAACGCCUUCCAAGCCGAGAGCCUCCACCUCCACCAUGCACGCUUCGGACACCAGUCCACACGCACCACCAAAGCUAUGGCUCUCGCUAACAACCUCCCCAUCAAACCGCCAUUAACCUACUGCAACGACUACCAACUCGCACCCGAUCUCUUCGAAGACCACGUUCAAAAGCCCUUCGGCCCCAUCGACAUCGACUUGUUUUCAUCCAAACAUAACAAACAAGUACCCACCUACUGUACCGAAGACUUCACCGACAAAGACACGCACUAUCACGACGCAUACAAACAAAACUGGCAUAAACCAAACAAGAAGCUCUACGGAAAUCAACCCUAG